AUGUCAAAGAAUUUUUCAAUAUAUAUUGUAUUAUGGCUUUUAAUUCAAUUAUUAAUUGAAAUAAAUUGCCAAACAGCUACACUUAUUGAUGAUAAAUUAUAUAUCGUGGACGGAAGAAAUUUUAAUAAAAAAUUUAUUUACCUUGAUGUGUCUAUUCCAUUUAAUACUCAAAAUAUAUUAUGGCAUGAAUUGACGACCAUUGUUCCAGAACAUGUUGCUGCUGCUUCUGUUAAAGGUGGUGCAAAUAAUAAAACCUUGUUUUUAUAUGGAGGAACAGCUUAUAAUGGUGCAGUAAUGGCUUUAGUUUAUGCAUUUAAUACUCAAAAUAAUUCAUGGAGUAUUCCAAAAUUACCUGAAGGGAUUAUUAUGAGAAGAGAUAAUUUAAAAGGCAUCGUUGAUGAUAAGGGGUUAAUGUAUUUGUUCGGAGGACGCUUAGACGGAGUUCGUUAUAAUGAUAUGUUUAUUUUAGAUACAAUUAAUUUAGAUGUUAAAAUAGGAAGUUCCAUUAAUGCACCUUCUCCUAGAAGUCUUUAUGGAGCUGCUUUAUUAUCAAAUCACUUCAUUAUUUAUUUAGGUGGUUUGGGUAAUGAUGGAGUUAAAGCAUCUUUAAAAAAGGUCAACUUAUAUGACACUAUCAAUAAUAGCUGGAGUACUCAAAUAACAUCGGGUACGAUUCCUUCUGAUAGAUAUGCUCUUUCUGCUGUUCUUGGAUUGGAUGGGCAACGAAUAAUAAUUUUUGGAGGUAUUGGACUCCAAGAUUCGCUUUAUGUUUUAGACAUCAUAAAUUACGAAUGGCAACUUCCCAAAACUACUGGAAAAAGUCCAAGUUCCAGACGAUGGCAUCAAGCAAAUGUAAUUGGAAAAUAUAUGGUUAUAUCAUUUGGAUAUGACCCAAAUAUAGAAAAUGAUAUUUUAUUACUUGAUAUUAGUAAUAAUGAAGAAUUUGUUUGGACGAACGAAUUUGAACUAAUGUUUAUAACAACUGAUCCUUCACCACCAAAUGGUACAUCAACAGCAGGUACACUAUCAAUAUCAUCAAUGAUUGGUAUAUCUAUAGGAUCAUUAGUCGGUGGUAUUUUACUAUUAUUUGGAGGUUUCUUUUUAUAUAAAUGGAAUAAAAAUAAACAACUUCUGCUUAGAGCAUAA